CAAAACGUCAAGUGCCGACCACUCUCGAGGAGGAGGUACAGUAGCUGGCGCGACUGCAGGGACCCUUGGCACACACACCACAAGUCCUUCCGCGUCCGUCACGAGGUAGCUAGCACCAGUCAUGAUGCACCUGCUUCUCCAUUGUGGGUGCAAGGACUCGAGCGAAUCGCCGCGCCAUCUCCAUGCACGACUCGAGGACGCGCCGUCGUCGUCGGCCUCCGUCCUGGGUUCCCAGCAACGAUUGUCGCAGCCUGCGGCCAAGCAGCUCGGGUACGAACGAUUCAACAUCAACUCGAGCUAUUCGGCCGAGAGCCCAGCAUCUUCCCAUGCAAUCCAUCGCCAUGCAGCAACCGUCUCUGCCAACAACCUUAGCAUUCCUUCGUCCAGCGGCAGCAACCUUGUUGUGGCGCCGACACCCUCGGUCAAAGCAUCUCUUGAUCCAUUCAAGUCUGGCCGAGUAGCACCGUUGUGGCUAGAAGGCGAAGAGAAAUCGAUGGGUCUCCCCGAUGGGGAAGUCCCCAACUUUCAAACAUUUUGUCCGUACGAGCGGUGGUCGGUGGCAUUUGCGUCACCAGGCGACUUCACAAUCAAGGCCGCGCAUGUCAAGAGGUCCAGCGGCACCGUUUUAUUCAACCUUGCGUUGGUUGGGCUGCCGGUUCCACCGCCAAGUGCGUCGUCCGUGACGUCGCCUCAUCACUCACUGUCGCGAGGUCGCGCCGAAGCCAACCAUGUUUCCACAAGUUUCUUCUCCAUGUACGCUUCGUCCGAUCAACGCUACGCCCAAUUUCCGCGACCGCGACAGGACAAAGUGCAGUCCGUCUCCAUCGUGACCAAAACGGAAGAGGAAAUUACGGGAUUUGUGCAUUCCAUGGCGCUGCGGUUGCCUGGCCACAAGAUUGUGUCGUCGUUCACGCGCAAGAUGAACAAAGCCGGGCGAAAGCUAGAUGAUCGCAUUGCCGCAGUCGUGGACGUGCUGUCGUUCAUACUGUCCAUCACGCACAUCGGAGCCCACGGAUUGAUUCCUGUCAAAGAGCCCGUGCCGCAAGACCUCCGAGUGCGCUUGUUCCUCCACUUGCAUUGCUGGAACACUCACAUGGGUGCAGUGCCAACUGGAUCCAACUCGUGCGACGGUCGGUUGGAGUCGCAAUCUCAUUCAGAGAAGAUGCCGACGCCCACGCGGAAGUCCAUUCCGUCCGAAUGGUUUACCACAUCAGCGUUGCCGUCCAAGGUCGCUCUUUUGUCCAACGUGUCCAGCUCUGGAGCCAAGGCGUCGACCUCCAUGCGACAAAGCAUGAGCAGCUCGAACCUUCCACGAAUGCGCCGUCGUUCGCUUCCGCAACCAGCGGUACCCAUGCCGUACUGCACGACAUAUGUACCGCCCAACGCGUGGAGAAAGAAAGCCAAGAGCGUCGCUGGCGCGUUUACGGUAGUGGUGUCUGGCAUUCACGUGCUGGACGACGGUGUUGUGGAGUACAUGCUGACGGUGCUGUUUGUGGACAACCUGUCGCCGUCGUCGGCUCCGCGCAUGAAAACGGUGGGCCAUCGAUACCAGGAAUUCAACGACCUUGCCGUGCAUAUACGCCACAAGACCAAGAUGAACGUGUCAAUGCCCCCGAAGACGUUGUUCCGCAGUGUAGACCCAGCUUUCUUGGAGACUCGAUCGGUGGACCUCCAGUGCUUCAUCGACACUCUCUUACCGCUUCACUUCAUCGGUAUGUUGGAUCAACGAAUCGACAUGGCAGCCGAGCCCCGCGUGCGUGCAUUUCUUGAAUUACCGACCGUCCAGUGGAGUGUUGUCGCGGAGCUACCCACGAAGAAAGAUCUCGAUCGAUUUCGUGCGUUGUCCAACUCAUCGACUGCCAGCUCUCGAAGCCUGUCGCUACCCAAAGAAAGCGAUGACGAGGACAGUGACGACGGAGUCCACGAUGACGAUGAAGACGAUGGCAGCGGUGGAGACGAACGUGUCUUCGCCGACUUCGAGAAUCGCGUGGACCGGCCGUUCUUGAGCAAUCGACGUUCGAUUUCGUCGCAGUAUUAUCCCGUCUCCCGUGGAGUCGCGUGAAACACUAUAUCGUCAAUAUGACACACUUGCUUGCAUGCCUUCUUGAAUCUUAUCCUUGCAUGGGAUGCUUGCGAGUCCACUGCAGCGCUUCUUCCGACGGGCAUGGAAUGACCGCCGUGGAGUCUGAGGAAGCGCGG